CUCUCGACUCCACAGCACAAUGACACCAGCAUACAAGACAGGCGGCGACGACCUCGACGACGGGCUCGAGCUCGACCCGGACCUCCUAGCAUCAGACGACGAGGACGUGGGCGACAUCUUCUCCGCAGACGAGGAUGACGCGCCCGCCCCCGUGUCGCGGAAGCGCAAGGCCAGCGGCGAUGUCUCUGCGGCCGCGGUCGCCGACGCCGAGGGCGACGUCGCGAUGCUGCCUGUUGAGGGGGACGCGAAGAAGCGUCGCCGGGAAAAGGACAAGGCGCGGCGCGCAGCCAAGCGCGCCGCGGCCGCAGGCGACGACGGACCCAUCGCCGACCCGUCUUCGCUCGAACCCGCGCAGCUCGCCCAGCUGCUCCUGUCGUCGGCACGCGCGACGUUCCCCAAUUCCACGCCGAUGGAGAUUGACGAGGUGGUCGUUGGUGAAGACCGCCUCCUCGCGCCAUUACCUCCCACAUCCACAGGGAGCGGCUUCGAGCCCCUCGUCCAGCGCCUCGAUGACCUGCUGAAAGACGCGCCGAAGAAGCCUGCGCCCGGCACCCCACGCGCCCUCAUCGUCAGCCUUAGUGGGAUCCGGUGUGCGGACGUCGUGCGUGCCGUGCGCGAUGUCAAGCGGCCCGGAGGCGAGGUGGCCAAGCUCUUCGCGAAACACUUCAAACUGGUCGACCAGGUCAAGUACCUCGCCAAGACCCGCGUCGCGAUCGCGGUCGGCACGCCCGCACGCGUCGCCAAGCUGCUCGCCGACGGCGCCCUCAAGGUCAAGCAGGAAACCGUCGUCCUCUUCGACAUUGGCCACCGCGACUCCAAGAACCGCACCCUCCUCAGCCUGCCCGAGGCGCGCGACGAGCUCUGGAAGUCGCUCCUCUCGGGCGAGGCCCGCGCAGCGCUCACUCGCGCCCGCGUAAAGUACACCGCGUUCUAGAGCCAGCCAGCUUCAACCGCUUCCCCUCCGCCCCUCCGCGCUCCGCCGAUACCCCCACCACGAUACCCUCGGUUCAACCCGCCGAGCUGCUGCAUAGAUUACCGCGGUUUCAUGUGCCGUAGAACCACAUGCUAUUCCUGACGCAGU